CACCUGAAAAAUGUCGGAAAGAAAAAGAUAAAGGUAGAGAAAGAUCCGUGUGAUGAAGGAGAGAAGAAGUGUCCUUAUGACGAAGGCAUAGCUUAUAGAAAGUUUAAAAGAGCAGAGGAGAGGAAUUUCAAGGAGACAAUGCAGAAAAGGAUAGCUGUCGACAAAAAGUUGGACGAGGAAUGGAAGAAAGCGAAAAAGCGCUUUAAAAAACCACCCAUGAAAGACACAUUCACCUGCGCAUUUGUCUUAUAGAAAAACCAGAAGAAUUUCCACCCAAAUGUGGAAAUAAUUGACACUUCAUUCAACAAUACUUCAGUCAAAUACAACAUGGCUGUUUGUCGGGAAAUGGAGGUGCGCAUAUGCAUUGAGUCUUGGCACUAA